GUACUCAUCACCAAAGAAUGUGUACAUGCGUUUGCAUCUUUAUGGUAACUCCAAAACAACAAUCUUAUCUGUUCCUCCAAAUCUGAGGUUACCUAUACACUCCCAUUCCGCACAUCCUCCUUAAACAAAAACAACUCCAACACAAUUCGCAACCCCACAUCAUCCCGACGUAUACCAUUUCACUCUCCAUAAUUCCCCAAUUUCGUGAUAACUCAGGUUUCGAGUCAGCUUCACCUCCACUCGCGACCGAUCAAUGGCAGCCAAAAUCGGCUCCUUCAGGCACAGCUUCGCGGAGAGAAGCAAAGAAAGACUCCUCUCCAGAAAAGGCUACUCUGAACUGGGCUUCGGCGGCUCCGACGGCGACGACGUUGAGAGAGGAAAAUGCGAGUGCUUCCACUCGGUACCCGACGGGUUUGCCCGUUUCUGGAACGGGUUGAAGGACGCCUGCAUCCAGUACUACGAAAUGGGUCGAUCCGACCCACAAAAGGUUUUCUUCGCUACCAAAAUGGGAUUGGCGCUGGCGCUGGUCUCCGUGCUUAUCUUCUUCAAAGAACCGCUCAAGAGCGCCAGCCAGUACUCGGUUUGGGCGAUCCUGACCGUGGUUGUGGUUUUUGAGUACAGCGUUGGCGCUACGCUGAACAAAGGGUUUAAUCGGGCGUUGGGAACGUUAUCUGCUGGAGGGCUUGCUAUGGGGCUUGCAGAGCUGUUUAUUAUGUCUGGAAUGACAGAAGUUUACAUUGUCAUCAGUAUAUUUGUUGCAGGCUUUUCUGCUAGUUAUGCCAAACUGCAUCCAUCAAUGAAACCAUAUGAGUAUGGGUUUCGUGUGUUCUUGUUGACGUACUGCAUUGUAAUGGUGUCCACAAGUUCUUCUACAGCGCCUUUCCAGACGGCCUUUUAUCGGUUGCUGCUUAUUGCCGUUGGUGCUGCCAUUGCCUUGUUUAUCAAUACUUGUUUUUACCCAAUUUGGGCGGGUGAGGAUCUGCACAAAUCGGUGGUGAAAAAUUUCAAAGGUGUUGCGGUUUCUUUGGAAGGUUGUGUGAAUGGAUAUCUGCAAUGUGUAGAAUAUGAGCGGAUCCCUUCGAAAAUCCUCACUUACCAGGCUUCAGAUGACCCGGUGUACAGUGGCUACCGAUCAGCUGUGCAAUCUUCAAGCAAAGAGGAAUCCCUUCUGGAAUUUGCUAUAUGGGAACCCCCUCAUGGCCCCUACAGAACGUUUAGUUAUCCGUGGAGAAACUAUGUCAAAGUGAGCGGUGCGUUGAGGCAUUGUGCAUUCAUGGUGAUGGCAAUGCACGGAUGUAUACUUUCUGAAAUACAGGCACCACCGGAAAAGCGGCAGGCUUUUGGGAGUGAGCUUCAAAGGGUAGGCACUGAAGGAGCAAAAGUGCUAAGAGAGCUUGGAAACAAGGUAGAAAAGAUGGAGAAACUAAGCCCAGGAGACUUGCUCCUAGAAGUACAUGAGGCAGCAGAAGAGCUGCAAAUGAAAAUAGACCAAAAAUCCUAUCUCCUUGUCAAUGCGGAGAAAUGGGAAUCCGCGACACUCCCCAAAAAAUACAAGGAUCCCCAAACCUUCAUUGAUCUCAACAUGAACGACGAAAACAAACAAUUGGUGUACAAAUCACAGAGUGAAAUGGGACUAAAUAUCCGGUCGUCUCCAAGCAUAGGACUCAUAAAUCCUUCACUGUCAGAGUGGGCCGCCUCUGAGACCUUGUUCCAGAGGGAGACAGCGUGGCCAUCGCGCAUCUCAUUUACAGCUGAUACCGUGUUCAAUGAGCAGGAAGUGAAGACUUUUGAAAGUGCUAGCUCCUUGUCAUUGGCAACGUUUACUUCGCUUUUGAUUGAGUUCGUCGCAAGGCUUCAGAAUCUUGUGGAUUCGUUCGAAGAGCUUAGCGAGGUGGCGGAUUUUAAGGUACCGGAAGAAGAAUCUACAGAAGGAAAGGAGGGGGUUGGAUUUUGGACCAGGUUUCUUCGGUGUUUUCGGUCUUGAACUCUAAAGCCGAUUGACGUAAUUUAUUUUUAGGCUUCAUUAACUGUAGAGACUCGAGAUCAUCAAAUGCCUAAAGGAGAAGGAUAAAAGAUUGUUGAGUUUUAUUUUGGGUUUCAAUAUUUUUGCUGAAGAAGCUGCUGGCUAAAGGAAGUGGAAGAAGCUACAAUACCAUCGAAUGUUUAUAUCUUAUAUAUGAGGUAAUGUGUCAGUGUGAAUAUAAAACAAAAUAGAAUAGACUGAUGUUGAGAAAUCCUUUAUGUGUAAUAACAAGUCAAAUUAGCCUCCA